UUUUCAUAUAUCUAUUCGUUUUUGAUGUAGUUACAUACUAAGAUAUAGAAUAGUCUCUCAAAUCCACAUCUAAGACUGUUUUAAGAAACCUGUUUCAAGGAAUACAUGUGCGACGAAAGGAAAAUUAGGAAAAACAACAAUGACGAAUUCUAAAUAUUUGGAUAUAUUCUAUGUGAUUUUGUUGGCACUUUUAGUAAGGGUAGAGGCAGUACAUACGGUACAAGACAUCAACAAAUUGUCUGCUGAACUUUUGUCCGGAUACAACAAGAAUACUCUACCAUCCGCAAACUUUGACCAACAGUUCCAAUUAGGUAUAAGCGUUGGUCUUGUUGCCCUUGGUGACAUUGAUGAGGUUGAAGAGAGACUUUCCACAGUGAUGAUGUUCAUUUUCACAUGGAAUGACACAAGCUUACGAUGGAACGCCAGCGAUCAUAACAAUAUAACGAACAUAACAGUAAGCUGGACAGACGUGUGGAAACCUGUUGUAAUGGUUGUUAAUCCACAUCAAGACGCAUCAAAACAACAUUCAGAGAUAAAUUCUGAUACUAUUGGUUUCUCUCAUACGGGUGGAGCAUAUCUUCUAGAGCUGGUUACCUUUCAAACAACAUGUGACCUUGACACAACAUAUUUUCCGUUUGACAUACAAACAUGUUCUAUGAGUUUUUAUAUUUCUGAAAACGAUGCGUACUUUAUAAAGAUACACGCUUCAUGGAAUAAUUAUGGAAAAUCUUUCACGAAGGAAAAUGGAGCAUGGAAACUUAUUAGUAAGGAAAUCAAAGGAGAUGAUUUCUCGAGAUUUAAGAUAUCCCUGAAAAUGAAGCGAAAACCAUUGUUUAUGUUGGUGAAUAUUUUGCUGCCAAUCAUUGUAUUAGCUUUACUUGCACCUUUAGUUUUCCUGAUGCCUAAAAACUCUGGUGAAAGAGUUGGUUACUCUAUCACAAUGUUGUUGGCGCUCUCUGUGUAUAUGACUAUAAUUAGCGAUAACCUUCCGAAAAACUCUGACCCAAUGCCGCUCGUGUCAAUUAUGAUUUUUAUCUGGUAUAUCAUGAACUCUAGCAUUGUUUUUGUAGUUAUUACAAACACAAAAAUAAACCAUAUUAAGGACGGGAGAGAGGUUCCGAGGCUUGCACGUACUUUUGUCAUACUUACACGUAAGAUCAAGGGCGUUAAACGGUUACACGUAGGUGAUACUCCUGAAGAGGAAAUACUUAACAGUUUGAGCAAUGGGUCAUCGCAAGACGAGGACGAUGAAGAAAACAGCGCUAAGCCAAUGAAAAGGAAGAGUCAGCCACAUUUGGAAAAAUCGGAUAACUACUACCGUGCACGGUAUCCUGAUGGUGUCACGUGGCAGGAACUAAGCGUGGCAAUAGACAAAUGGGGUGUUGUUCUGAGCUACGUCAUAAAGAUUUCGAUCCCAGUCGUGUUCUUUACCAUAAUGAAAACACAAAGUAACUGAUUGACUAAUGUAGUUUUUUCACCUUGUCAAGAGAACAAAUGUGAAGUGUCAGUGUAUAGAUAUUUUUAGAUUUUAUUAUAAACCAUAAAAUAUAAUAACCUUUAUAAAACAUGUAAUACAAGUUUCAGAAUAAACCACAUAAAUAUA